CCUCCCCUUUUUUACUACAAUUCCAUCUUGUUAACCUGCAUUUAUCAUUACACAUCAACAUAUUUUAUACAUAAUCCCUCUCACUCUCUUUUGCUUAUCUGUUAGAAUAUAAAACUAUAUGGCCGCAUCAAACUCUUCGGGUAUUCAGACGCUUCUCGAGGCUGAGAAAGAGGCUGCCAAGAUUGUUCAGAAAGCACGCCAAUAUCGCGUUCAGAGACUCAAGGAUGCUCGUGCAGAAGCAGCAAAAGAAAUUGAAGAAUUGAAGGCUGCUAAGAAUGAGGACUUUAAGCGAUUCGAGCAAGAGCACGCUGGAUCAUCAGAUGAAACUACUCAUCGCGUCGAAGUUGAAACUGAGCAGAAGCGCGCUGAAAUUGAAGCUGCUUUUGCCAAGAAUAAGGACGCUGUGCUUCAAAAGUUGCUAGAAACUGUAUACAGUGUGGAGCCCAAGAUUCACCGCAAUGCACACCUCAACGCCUAAAAAAAAACUAGAUUAUAUCCAAAUUUAUGCCUAUAAGUAAAAAAAAAGUCGUGUUGAAUAUGAGCAUUUUUUAUCGUAAUUAAAUAUGCAUGCCAUUGCUUCAUAACAG